GCUACUCGAGUGGUUGGCUACUUGACAGGGGGUUGAACUUACUUGCGAAUUGGCGGCAAGGCAAAUAUUGCAUUUGCACCCUCACAAUGCUUUUAGGAAGCUCUAGUCGCUUCUCGGUCCAUGUCGAUGGGUGUGCACUGUCUGUCGGCGAUUGAAUUGGGCGGGUGGUCCAGUUCCCCUCCCUGCAAAGCGCAUCCUCUCCCUGUCGCUGGGCUGCUAGGCAUCACCUGGUCCAACGUUUCCAUCGUGGCUGCACUCUGGCUGCACUCUCGCCCUGCUCAGCUUUUCAAGUCUUUUUAUCACCACCUGCCCAAUUCGCUAGUCUAUAUAUGGUUCACAGUGUCCUUGCUAGAGUCUGGCUGUUUUUGCUUCGAAAGCGCAGUGGUUUCCACACGAUACUGCUUUCUGUUCCAAGCGCUUUCGGCCAGAAACAUGAGAGCAUAUGGUCCCCACAUUCGGACAACUCACCGUGCACCCCCGUCGCUCGCUCCCACAUCGUCGGAAUUUUGGCUUUCAUCGUUGGAGAUUUAUGAGGCAAACUCCGCUGACAUUUACGUUCAGACCAGGCUACUCGCGCCUGCAUCAUUUCGCUGCCCACGUCUCCACUCCACGCUACAUCGGUUGUCCCAUGACCUUGUGCUGGCGCUGGGACCGUCCGCUGCGAAGCCCUUCCCGCUGCGACUCUUAUACUUCCCGUCGUGCCUGAACCUCGAGCAUUCUCCUCCAUAUUCUUUCGUCUCCUCCAUCCCGCUCGGAUUUCCUCUUGAUCUCUAGCUUCUCGCCGCCCGCGUGGCCGGCUGCCCACGAAGUCGACUCCCGAUGGUCACAAUGGCUGCGAAUGGGUAAGUCUAUCUAUCCGCUUUGCUUGCAGCCAAAUUCGCCUGUGCCGAGCUGAACAUGACGGCGCACAAUUGAAAUUGCAUGGAUGGUCCCGUUAUGAAUCGCCCUCAGAUGGUGCCUCUCCAUCUGUGUACCGGACGAUUUGAGUCCAAGAUUGCAAUUGUGGGUGAAACUGGUCAUUGCUGACUUGUCGACCCAAUUUCCAGGCAGGCUAUCGCGGUUCCGGAGAAUUACCAAGAAAAUGGACGGUUGGUAAGUAACCCUGGACACCGGCAAUUUUUAAGCCGCAAUCUUCGGAAGAACCUUUGGCUGACCGCAUC